GCAGUAGCAGCAACACCAACACGACACGCCGUCUAACAGUCCGUUCACUAUGAUUCGAACGAGGAAGAACGAUCGCAACCGUUGCAACCACGGGCUCUUGAUUGCAACCGCAUCGACUCUUUUCGCGAUGGUGAUGGUCUGCAACAUUGUUGUGGUGACGUGCUUUACGGCCGAGACGCUGUCGUUGCGCAGCAGGGGACAUGCUKCCGCUGCCGCUGCCACCACCGAUCCACUCCGCAACGAAAUUCCGACAGCUAUGUCGUCCUCGUCCUCCUCCUCUCUGUAUAUGUCCGACUACGAUUCGAAAUACUAUGUUCCCGCCGAGCAAAGUGCCCAGGGAGGAAGCUCGGUGUCGCAGUCUCGAAUCACAUUGUCCAGGUUUUUGUCAGAGUAUGUCAAGGACCACCCGGAGGUGAGAAAAGAGCCACUGCUGAUGCUGCCAUGCGUUGAAUUAUUGACGACAGAGUCGAAAAGAAGGAUGCCAGCGAYACCUUGUGUUUUGCUUGCCCAAUUGUUUUCUUUCUUUUAUAUAUUGUUUGACUUCACCAUUUGAAAAUAUUGCUUCACCGCAAUCAACUCAUACGAACACUACAUUGUAACAAUUCACAAUCUCACAAUACUAAUGUUGUCGCGGACGAAAUCUAAACUUUCCACCUAAAACACACAACACCAACACAAUACCGAUGAAACACAAUACAACAACCCAUUCUCAGCUACGAGAUCUAGAAAACAUUCUGCUGGCUGUCCAGAUGGCAUGCAAGACCAUCUCCAAUCUGGUGAAUCGCGCCGGUUUGGUAUACAGCAUCCAGCACAGCAACAACGACGGCACCAGCGAGGGAUCCAUCAACGAGCCGGAUUACAAAAGCGAUGGACGGUAUUAUUCGAUGAAACGCCUCGACAAACUCUCCACGACGGUGUUGAAGAACGCCCUGAAGUUUACGGGAACUGUGCAGAUGAUCGUGCCCGAGGCCAAGGAGAUUGCGGAGCAGCCCGGUCAGCACCAACCGGGUGUCUUGGUUGCUUACGACCAGGACAACAUUGCUUGCUUGGAUCCUCUAGAUGGUUCCGGCAAUGCCGAUGCCAGCAUUUGCACCGGGACGGUGUUUGGGGUGUUUGAAAAAGCAAAAAGUGUCGACGAGAACAUAGAAACGGACGAAGACGCCCUGUUGGAGGCGGUCCUUCAACCGGGUCGAAACAUGCGAGCAGCCGGAUAUUGUUUGUACAGUUCUGCCACUGUUCUUGUAUUCACUCUGGGUUCAUCCGUUUAUGGAUUCACCUUGGAUCCCCAGAUUCAAGAAUUCGUCCUGACACACGACAAACUGACAAUACCAAGAAGGGGAAAUGUCUAUAGCUGCAACGAAGCAAACAGUGAAGGAUGGCCGGACAGCUGGAAGGAAUACCUCAAGAACCUCAAGCUGGGAGAGGGAGAAACGCGGGAGCGAUACGCCCUGCGUUACGUCGGUAGCAUGGUGGGCGACAUACACCGCACCCUGCUGUACGGGGGGGUCUUUGCCUAUCCAUCCAAUCAAUUGCACAAGCCGCAGGGCAAUUUGCAACUGCUGUACAAGAGUGCACCCCUUGCCUUUGUCAUGCACCAUGCGUAAGUUUUGUACCAUUUGGUAUCCAARAAAGGUCGCCGUGGGUCUGCAGCACCGGCAAUCGUCAACGAACCCUGUGCCUUGGGUGGUCUGGUUUUAAGAUUUGUUCGUUUCUUUUCCUCAUUAUCGUUCUGGUYUGYGGUCUUUCGUUUUUUCCUCGUUGKCACGGAUUUUAGAGGAGGCAAGGCCAUGGACGAAGCGGGAGACGAUUUAUUGAACAAAUGCCCGGAACGAAUCCACCAAAAAUCGCCAUGUUUCUUAGGAUCGCCUGAGGACAUGGACGAACUUAAAAAGUACCUGACUGGACUACAAAACUAGAGUCAUUCAUGGGUACAGCGAGGCAGUUUUACACCUCRGGACACAGAAUCUGU